AUGCCGGGCUCCUGCACCGACGACAUCAACGACUUCGUUGUCACAGCUGGAACCAAACAGAUGCUUCGUUGCACAGUCGAUAACAAGUUCGAGCGCCUGGAUCAGUUCUCUCAGAACCAGCUCAACAAGUAUCGUGAUGCCAAGCGGGCCGGUCGCCCUGCCCAGCUGAGAUGCCGCAAGCACAUCCAGGGCACCGCUACUGAGCUUAAAUGUGACGACUGUGACGAGUACAAGCCUCUCUCUGAGUUCAGCAACGCAUCCCGCAAAGCCUCCAACCGUUCUCGCCGCUGCCGCGAUUGCAUUGCUUGGACGGAAGCCGACAUGGCUGGCACCGAACCGCUCCCUGCUCCUGGUGCCCCCCGCGCUCCCGACGAGCAAGACUACGGACGCUAUGGCCUCCAGGACGCCGAGAAGCUUGACAAGACCAAAGAGGAGGAUUUUGAGGACGACUUGGCGUCCAUGAGCAUCAACGACAGCACCUCGAACACUACUGAGUGCGGCUAUAACCACAUCCUCACGUCUACCGCCCUCGAGACCCACAACGAUCGCCACCAGAGCGUCGGCCAUUCCUCUCCAGCCUACAAUCCGUCCUCCACUCCUUCUACCCCUAUGGUCACCAGCAGCUCCUACCACCAGCAGCCGCGCCAGCCAAUCUACACGGCGUAUGGUCACAAUGGCGAGAUUCACAAGCGGACUCAGACCCUUAUCAGCAACAGUGAUAACACCUCCGGCGUCCCUUCUAUCAAGGGCGUCUCCCGUCGCGGCGGAUUUGUCAAGUUCGACAAUCGCCGCAUGGUCCCUGAUCCACCCAGCUACUUGGUGAACCAGCCGGCCGAGGGCGCACGCCCACGUGUCUACUUCUCCGACGACAGUGAGGAUGAGGCUUAA